AUGGCAGACUCUAUGGAUUACCUCUCCCCAGAUUUCGAUCUCAAUUCCUUAACCGUUCCCCGUCUUCGAGCGAUCCUCGUCAAUCACGAUGUCUCCUACCCAGCUUCGGCAAAGAAGUCGCAGCUUAUCCGCAUCCUGGAGGAUGAGGUCCUGCCCCAGGCCAAGAAACUGAUUCGGGAUCGGGAACGGGUGAAGAGAACGAGUGAGGGAAUAACGGACAUGGGAAGUCGGGCGACAUCUGUCGCCAGUUCGUUCGAUGGCUAUCAGGACUAUCAUGAGGGUGUGGACAGGGAUUCCAUGCCCCCUCCACCUACGCCCUCGAGUGUGUCGACGGCCGGAGCUCGACGCGCCCGGUCGACGCGCAGUUCGAGAGCACCUACGGCAGAUUUGGACGAGCAGGGUAUUCCAGCUACACUAGCGACCGCUUCGAGGCGGUCUGUAGCACGAUCGCAAAGCAGGCCUUCCCGUCGCAUCGAUGAGGGUGCUGCGACACCGGUCGCCAGGAAGGAUAUGGCUACUCCCCGACAGUCUACAGUCAAGAAGUUAUGGAGAAACGAAAUGACCCCCUCGACCGAACCAGAACUACCUCACCCUCCGCCGUCUAUCAAGCCCGAGCCAGUCGAACGUAGCGUCUUCACGGAUGAUAACCCGUUCCAGAGUGGAAGCUCUCCUGCUUCUUGGGAGCAGCAGAAAUUGCGGAGUGCAAGGAAGAGCAAUUCUCGAGUGUCGGAAAGUCCUGUCAAGGGUGGUCUGCGUGCGCGAAAAUCAGAGACGCCCAUCAAACAGGAAGACGGGUCUUUUGCUUCCACAAGAUCACCGUUCAGAUUCUCGGGUCCUUCUUUGGAGCCAUACCAAGAGGAACCUGAAGAAGGGGGUUACAAUGAUGAGGAGAGCGACUACGACGCGGGUGAGGAGUUUACACCUGAGGAACAGCUGGCGUUAGAAUAUGAGCAGGCAGAUCGAAUGUAUGCAGCUCCUGCUCAACCCAGUCGUCGAGCACGCAAGCAAAGCAAGGCGAGCAAGGCUGCCCCAUGGGUGGUCAUCUUAUCCCUUCUCAGUGGUUUUGCUGGUUGGUGGCGUAAGGAGAAGGUCGAGAUCGGUUUCUGCGGAAUCGGAAAGCCUACAUGGUCGCUGGCAGAGACUAAAGUGCCCGAAUGGGCCAAUGUUCUCGAGCCACAGUGUGAGCCGUGUCCACCACAUGCGUUCUGUUACCCCAACUUUGAGGCCCGUUGCGAGCAUGAUUUCAUCCUCACGCCUCAUCCCCUAUCGCUGGGCGGCCUGGUCCCUCUUCCCCCAACAUGCGAGCCUGAUAGCGAGAAAGCUCGCCGUGUGAAGGCCGUUGCGGACAAGGCAGUAGAAGAGCUUCGUGAUCGGAGGGCCAAGUGGGAAUGUGGUGAAUUGUCGGCGGAUGUAAAGGAAGCAAAGUCUCCGGAGAUCAACGAGCACGAUUUGAAGCGGGAGAUUGGAAACAAGCGACGUAAGGGCAUGAGCGAUACCGAAUUCGAUGACUUGUGGCUGGGAGCUCUGGGCGAAGUCAUUGGGAAAGAAGAGGUCGUCGCCAAAACUCAACAACCCUCCGGUGCUCUCACCCUCUCCUCUACAGCCUUCACACGUCUCCCCCUCACAUGCGCCUUCCGUCGCCACCUCCGACUCUCUCUCCUCGCUUAUCGACUCCCUCUUUCAAUUCUGAUUCUCUGCGUUGGCGUCUUUGUGUACAUACGUUCACGAAUACUCGCUCGCCGGUCUGACAUGGCCAGGGUACCCGAGCUCGUUGCCACGACUUUGGAUCGGUUGGCGACGCAGGCAGCUCUGCAUGCUCGCGGCGAAGCUCGUGAACCGUAUAUCCCUAUUGGACAACUGCGGGACGACGUGUUGCGAUCAGAGCUGCAAGGACGGAGGCGGGAGGACCUCUGGCGGCGCGUCCGCAGCGUGGUCGAGGGCAAUGCCAAUAUCCGAGCUGCAGUUCGAGAGGGCCGUGGUGGCGACGUUGCGCGUGUGUGGGAAUGGAUAGGAGGGAUCAGCAGCGUCUCGAAUCGUCGAGAGAGCAGCAAGCAGUUCCAUGUGUCACGGGAUAGUGGUAAUAUUAAUAGCGAGGGGCAGGAGCAGUAUGAUCAACAUCAGACAGAACAACAGGCUUCUGGUAUUGAUUCAUCGCGCGCUUGGAACGAGGGAAGGCCUAUUUACUGA